AUGUCAGAAGAAUCACGUAAACAUGAUAUAGAGGAACAACAUAUUGAAAAAUGGAUACCUUUAAAAGAAAGGAAAUUAAAUCAAAUUAAAUCAAAAUUAAAUAAUUUAAAACAACAACAACCACAACAACACUCACAACAACAAGAGAAUGAACAAAAUAAUGCGACUGCAACAAAUACAAAUAUAACAAAUACAACAACAACAACAACAACAACUACAACAACUACUACAUCAAGCAAUAAUGAUAAUAAUUUUGAAGAUGAAAAGAAACCAAUUUAUCAACAAUCACAAAGUUUAUUAGAUCAAAAAUUUGAAAUGAUUAAAAAACAAGAGAAUAAAACACAAAGAGAAUUACAACAAGGUGGUACAAUAAUUGAAAAUGAUGUAAAUAGUAGCAAUAAUAAUAAUAAUAAUGGUGAAGAGAAUAAAAUUAAAGAAGAGAAAAGAUUAGAUAUGGAAGAGAGUGAUAUAUUGAAAUCAUUAAAAACUUUUAAACCAUUGGUAUCGGUUAAAGAUCGUGCAAAGGAUGUAAUUUACACUGACUCGAUUAAGACCAAUUGGAGAGCACCACGUUAUAUAUUGGAAAGAGAUGAAAAGGAUCAUCAAAAGGUUAGAGAUCAAUUAAAUAUCAUUACAGAUGGUGAAGAUAUACCACCACCAAUUACUACUUUUAAAGAGAUGAAAAUACCCAAACCAGUGAUUGACGUGCUCUUGGAGAAGGGUAUAAAGAAGCCCUCCCCCAUCCAAGUCCAAGGUUUACCCGUUAUUUUAUCAGGUCGUGAUAUGAUUGGUAUCGCAUACACUGGUAGUGGUAAGACACUGGUGUUCACAUUGCCAAUGGUAUUGUUUGCAUUGGAGGAAGAGUGCAAACUACCAAUAAUUCAAGGUGAAGGACCGUUUGGUUUAAUUCUUUGCCCAUCAAGAGAAUUGGCAAGACAAACAUACGAUUUGGUUAACUCAUUCACAAAUGCAUUACACAAGAAUGGUGGUCAUCCACAACUUAGAACACUAUUAGCAAUUGGUGGUAUCGAUUUACGUGAACAAGAACAUAUCUUUAAGAAAGGUGUUCAUAUGAUCAUUGCAACACCUGGUCGUUUAUUAGAUCUAUUAAAUAAAAAGAAAAUCAAUUUCAAACUUUGUAAAUAUCUUGGUUUAGAUGAAGCUGAUAGAUUAAUUGAUUUAGGUUUUGAGGAUGAUAUUCGUUCAGUUUUAGAUAAUUUCACAAAUCAAAGACAAACUCUACUCUUUAGUGCAACUAUGCCAAAGAAAAUUCAAGAAUUUGCUAGAAGUGCUCUAGUUUUACCAGUUGAAGUUAAUGUUGGUAGAGCUGGUGCUGCAAAUUUAAAUGUUACUCAAGAAGUUGAAUUUGUUAAACCUGAAGCUAAAAUCGUUUAUUUAUUAGAAUGUUUACAAAAAACACCACCACCUGUAUUAAUAUUUUGUGAAAAUAAAAAAGAUGUUGAUGAUAUUUAUGAAUAUUUAUUAUUGAAACAAGUUGAAGCAGUUUCAAUACAUGGUGAUAAAUCACAAGAUGAAAGAGAAUCAGCAAUUAAAGCAUUUAGAGAGGGUAAAAAGGAUGUUUUGGUUGCAACAGAUGUUGCAUCUAAAGGUUUAGAUUUUCCAGAGAUUCAACAUGUCAUCAAUUUCGAUAUGCCAAGAGAGAUUGAAAAUUAUAUUCACAGAAUUGGUAGAACUGGUCGUCGUGGUAAUAAAGGUGUUGCAACUACAUUUAUCAAUAAGAAUAAUACUGAAUCUUUAUUAUUGGAUCUUAAAUACCUAUUAAUUGAAGCUAAACAAAAAGUACCACCUGCACUACUUGAAAUACCAGAUGAUAAUCAAUACCUUCAAAAACUUCAAGAUCGUAAUGGAAAUACUGGUGGUGGUGCUGAUGAUGAUGAUACUAAACCUUGUGAAUAUUGUGAUGGUCGUGGUCAUAGAUUAGUUAAUUGUCCAAAAUUGAAAAAACAAGCUGGUCCAAAAAGAGACUUUUUCGGUUCUGGUGGUGGUGAUUGGUAA